CAUGUACGCUUUGGUGAUUAUCAUGAGCUAAUAGAGAUCAUUACCACGUCUAUCAAACCACCAUGUCCUUUCUGCCACUGAUCCUCUUCUUCUUCCUUGGCCUUAACCUAGCAUCCAUCACCAACGGUGACGACAACCACCAGUUCGUCUACAAUGGCUUCACUAGUGCUAAUAACCUCUCCCUUGACGGCGUCGCCAUGGUGACUCCUGAUGGCCUCGUCGAGCUCACCAACGAUGGAAUCCGGGUGAAAGGCCAUGCUUUCUACCCGUCUCCUCUGCACUUCCGCGAGACUCCUAAUGGCACGGUGCAAUCUUUCUCUGUCUCCUUCGUGUUCGGCAUCGUCCCUACCUUCUCUGACCUGAACAGUGGCCAUGGCAUCACCUUCGUCAUUGCACCAAGCAAGAAUUUCUCAGAUGCUAUCGCGGCACAAUACUUUGGGCUCUUCAAUAGUGAGACCAAUGGCAAUGAUAGAGGCCACAUCUUUGCAAUUGAGCUCGACACCGUUAAGAACACAGAGUUUGGGGACAUGAAUGAUAAUCAUGUUGGGAUCGAUAUCAAUAAUCUCACCUCUUUGCAAUCCUACCCUGCUGGAUACUAUGAAGAGAGUGGAAGGUUCAAAAACCUGACCCUUGCAUCCAUGGAGGCUAUACAAGUGUGGGUUGAUUAUGACAGAGAAGCUACUCGGAUCAACGUGACCAUGGCUCCUCUUGCCAUGGCCAAACCUGUGAGGCCAUUGUUGUCUGCGACCUACAACCUCUCAGGAUUGCUCAUGGAGCGUUCAUACAUCGGCUUCUCUUCCUCGACAGGCGCAACUAGUGCACGACACUACCUUCUUGGCUGGAGCUUCAGCAUGAAUGGAGGAACUGCGCUGGCCAUCGACAUUGCCAAGCUGCCAAAGCUACCUCGUGUUGGUCCUAAGUCUGAUCCAUCCAAUCUGUUGCAAAUCAUAUUGCCAGUGGCAACCGCAGCAUUCCUCGUGGCUGUGGGUGCUACUGUUUUUCUCCUUGUGCGAAGGCGUAUGAGGUACACUGAGUUGCGAGAAGAUUGGGAGAUCGAUUUUGGGCCACACCGGUUCGCAUAUAAGGAUUUGUUCCAUGCCACGGAAGGGUUCCAGAACAAGAAUUUGCUAGGCACAGGAGGUGCUGGGAGGGUAUACAAGGGGAUGCUUCUAGGGUCCAAACAAGAGAUCGCAGUGAAAAAGAUACCACAAAAUUCGAAGGAAAGCAUGAAACAGUUUGUAGCGGAGAUUGUUAGCAUAGGCUGCCUUGACCACCGCAAUCUUGUUCACCUCCUCGGUUAUUCCCGACGUAAAGGUGAAUUGAUUUUAGUGUACGAGUAUAUGUCAAAUGGAAGCUUGGAAAAGUACUUGUAUGGUCAAGAUGGUAGGUGCACUUUGGAUUGGGGUCAAAGGUUUCACAUCAUCAAAGGAAUCGCGUCUGGGCUGCUUUACCUCCAUGAAGAAUGGGAGAAAGUAGUGAUUCAUCGAGAUGUGAAGCCAAGCAACAUACUCCUCGACAACAAGAUGAAUGCAAAGAUAGGUGACUUUGGCCUCUCAAGGUUGCACGAUCAUGGAGCCAAUCCACAAACUACACACGUUGUUGGCACCAUAGGGUACUUAGCUCCAGAAAUAGCAUUGACCGGCAAGGUGACUCCACUCGCCGACGUAUUUUCCUUCGGCAUAUUAGCCCUAGAGAUUACAUGUGGGCAGAAACCUAUGAAGCAAAAUGCACAAGGCAUCCAACAAACGUUGGUUGGUUGGGUGCUAGAAUGUUGGAAAAAAGGAUCAGUUGUUGAUGCAGUUGAUGCCAACCUCCAAGCUGACUAUGAUAAUGCUGAAGCAGGUUUAGUGCUAAAAUUAGGAUUGCUAUGCUCACAUCCAUCUGAACACUCAAGACCGAAUAUGAGACAAGUGACGCAGUAUCUCAAUGGUGACAUGCCACUACCAGAAACUAUUUCAAACCCAGGAUUUGGCUUGUUUCACUUGAUGCAGGAGAGAGAGUCUCCAACCUGUACGCCAUGUCAUAUUCAUCACUAGUGUGACAACUACUAAUUAAUUUCUUUUAAUGCCAUAAUAUAUAUCCGCUCUCAGAGACUAAUUGUUGAGUUAUUUUUUCUGUUGAUUUAUAUAUGUACGUAUCAAUUUUAGAGGAAUAAAGUAUGCACGUUUGCGCAAACCAGUA